AUGGCGGUGGACUCGGCUGGCAGCUCUUCAACAUCGUCGAAGCAAAUCGAUAAACAUGGCCCCAACGCUAUUUCAGGCAACACUGGCUUCAAUGCAAGUGCUUACCAAGGCUGGCAAGAUGAUGUUAACGGAGUAGAGGAGACGGCCGAGAAUAGGCAUCAACGGCACUUGGAGACCUGUACAAGCUACCUUGCCUGUUCUGCAGCCCGGAAGAAGUAUUACGACGUGGACAGUCUUCCCUCUGCAGACUGGCUGUUCAAGCAAGAGCCCUUUAAGCGAUGGCUUCAUGGCCGCCCGCCCACGCUGCUCACCAUCCGCGGCAGGGGCUUUACCGGCAACUCCAUCACCCUCCACCAUUUCUUCGGCGGUUCAGCUUCAGGGGCCCUCACCGCGCUCCUGAGGCAGCUACUCGGCCAGCUCCUGGCGCAGCUGCCGAGCACGCCGCUUGAGGAUAACAAGCGGCGACUGCGAGAGGACGACACUGCGAUUCGCGUCUUCGUGGACGGAAUAAACGAGCACCUGGAUGAUGACUCUUCCCUUGACGCAGAAGCAAGCAGCCAGCCCUUCUGUAUUCUCGAGUUCUUCCGGGAUCUGCUCAGUUCCCUCCAAUCGGAUGGCGUGGACAUUGCGGUCUGCGUCUCCCGCCGCCACAAGAAUUACUACCACGGCCAGGAGCCGCCGGACGAGAAGCUCGAACUCGAAGAAUACAUCGACGCGGAGAUUUCUCGACUCUUAAAGGCCAAGCUCCGGUCGCUGUGCGAGUACGCGCUGUCGGCGGCGCGCACCUCCGAGGACGGCCGCGACCGGCUCCUGCAGCUACUCCGGCUGCGCCUCAGCACGUUCCGACCACUCCGGGUGGACGAGUUUCGGCACGCGCUCGCGUUUGCCGAGGCGGAGGACGUUCAGCCCGAGAGCAUGCGCGAGUGGGAAGAGGAAGACCCGCGCCGGCGAUCGGCGAGCGAGUUCACGGUGUUCAUCCACGAAGCGUCUGGCGGGCUCCUGUCGACCCGGCCGUUGUUCGAGGCGAAGCGCGCCGCCUUGAACUUUCUUCCAAUCGCCGGAGAGAGCAUCGUAGAGGACGAUGACGACGACGAAGAAGAAGAAGAAGAAGAAGAAGAAGACGAAGAAGAAGAAGAAGAAGAAGAAGAAGAAGAAGAAGAAGAGGAGGAGGAGGAGUGGGUCAUGUUUACGCAGCACACUGCGGAGCAUUACCUUUGCGACGACAAUGGACCUCGUGAGCUGCGCAUCGACGACACGACGUUGCAGCGCUCCUGCGAUCUACUCCUAUACCACAUCUGCCGGUCCGUCCUGCAUGCCUGCGGCCUGCGCGGAGACGACGAUGCCAAGAUCCUCGACUACGCGCUCGAGUACUGGCUGCAGCUCGCGCGGCGUCUCGGCGAGCUGCCGGACACUCUGCGCAUCCCCAACUUCCUCAACAACGACUGGGCAAGUCGCGGCGACUCCGGCGUGCUGGACACGGACGAUGUCGGCAUGCUGCUGCUGCUGCUGUCCACGAUGGGCUGCACCGCGCUGCUGCGGCACCAUCUACGGCGGUGCGGCGUCUGCGGCCACGUCCUGGAGGCGGCCGCCGGGGGCGACCAGGCCGCGAUGCGCAUCUACCAGGAGUGCCUGCGCAGCGCCACGAUGGGCCAGCACGAGGAUACGGCCGUUUUUCUACUCGACCUCGCCCCGGCAGCGGUGGUGGAGCUGAACGCGCACCACAUGAAGAUGACACCGCUGUACCGCGCGCGCUACUACUCUAGCCUGUCCGUCGGCGACAAGGCGGCGCGGCUGGACCUGGUGCGGCAGCUUCUGCGGCGCGGCGCCGACCCGGCUGGCGGGUCGCCGCAGGAGUACGAGUACCCGAUCAACGUCGCGAUCGCGCACAACAGCGUGCCGCUGAUGAAGGAGCUGCUGAGCGGUGGGGGGAAGUCAGGCGCGGUGGUGCUAAGCGCGCGCGGCGAGGACACGGGGUGGACGCCGCUGCACUUUGCGGCCCGGAGCCCGCGAAGCAGCGACAAGGGGAAGCCGGCAGUGGUCAGGGCGCUGGUGAGGCUGGCGCCGCCGGGGCUGGGGUUGCUGAAGAUGAAGGACCAAGAGGGGAGCACGCCGAGGGACCUGGCGAGGAAGUUGGAAGGCAGAUAUGGGAGUGGUGUGCUGGACGUGCUGGACGCGUUUGCCAAGGUUGAUAGGCCGCGGGAGGGUGGUGAUGAGACGUCUCUGUGCUAG